AUGUUGAAUCCGGGCUAUUCACUUCCCUCUAGAAAAACUCUUACAGGUUCAUUACUUCCUGUUCUAUAUAACAAGAUUUCUGAUGAAAUUAAAUCAGAUAUAGAAGUUAACGCACAAUAUGUUUCUGUAACUACUGACGCAUGGACAUCUUUGAAAAAUGAAAGUUAUAUGGCAGUGACUGUUCAUUUUAUAGAUAAGUCAUGUCUAUUAAAAUCUUAUCUUCUUCAAUUUGCAAAAUUUCCUCAGAGACACACAAGUGAAAACAUUAAAAAUUCUCUUCUAAAUACUUUAAAAGAUUGGAGCUUACAAAAUAAAGUGGGAGCAUGCACAACAGAUAAUGCUGCAAAUGUUACUGCAGCUAUUCGAUUGUGUAAUUGGAGACACAUAUCAUGCUUUGCUCACAGUCUUAACCUUGUUGUCCAAUAA